AUGAUGGGAUUUAUUUCUCUGCAAGGGACUCAAGUGACUGAACUUCUGCCUGGCCCCGAGGACCCCGGGAAGCACCUCUUUGAGAUCAGCCCAGGUGCUGCCGGGGAGCGCGAGAAGGUGCCGGCCAACCCGGAGGCGCUCCUGCUCAUGGCCAGCUCCCAGCGCGACAUGGAGGACUGGGUGCAGGCCAUCCGCCGGGCCAUCUGGGCCCCGCUUGGCGGAGGUACUGCCCGUAGCUCGCAUGCCCGCCCCAUAGAACCCUUGUCUCCAGGUGCUGCCGGGGAGCGCGAGAAGGUGCCGGCCAACCCGGAGGCGCUCCUGCUCAUGGCCAGCUCCCAGCGCGACAUGGAGGACUGGGUGCAGGCCAUCCGCCGGGCCAUCUGGGCCCCGCUUGGCGGAGGGGUGUUCGGGCAGCGCCUGGAGGACACGGUGCAGCAUGAGCGCAAGAGCGGCCCCCGCCUGGCGCCGCUGCUGGUGGAGCAGUGCGUGGACUUCAUCCGGGAGCACGGGCUCACCGAGGAGGGGCUCUUCCGCAUGCCUGGCCAGGCCAACCUGGUACGGGACCUGCAGGGUUCCUUCGACUGCGGGGAGAAGCCGGUGUUCGACAGCACCACGGAUGUGCAUACGGUGGCCUCCCUGCUGAAGCUCUACCUGCGGGAGCUCCCUGAGCCCGUGGUCCCCUUCGCCAGGUACGAGGACUUCCUCAGCUGUGCCCAGCUGCUCACCAAGGACGAGGGGGAGGGGACUCUGGAGUUAGCUAAACAAGUGAGCAACCUUCCUCAGGCCAAUUACAACCUGCUCAGGUACAUCUGCAAGUUUCUAGAUGAAGUCCAGGCCCACUCAGACGUCAACAAGAUGAGUGUCCAGAACUUGGCGACAGUUUUCGGACCUAACAUCCUGCGGCCCCAGCUGGAGGACCCCGUGACCAUGAUGGAAGGCACUUCCCUGGUCCAGCAUCUGAUGACCGUCCUGAUCCGCAAACAUGCCCAGCUCUUUGCCACCACAGCCCUGGAAGGACCUGCCUCUCCCCAUCGGGGCCCACCGUGCACUGUGGGGUGGGGCUCCGAGGAGGCGACGAGGGACAGCCAGGAAGAGCACGGCGGCCCUGGCUUGCCAGCGCACAGGACCUCGUCUCUGGAUGGGGCUGCCGUGGCGGUGCUCUCUAGAACUCCCGCCCCAGCCCUGGGCCCCAGCUCGGGGAAGAGGGUGCAGACUCUGCCCAGCUGGAAGUCCUCCUUCCGGCAGCCAGGGGCCCGGUCCGGGAGCCCAAAGGGGGGCAGCUCGUCCCUGGAGGUGCCCAUCAUCUCUGGCGGGAACUGGCUCAUGAACGGGCUGUCGUCCCUGCGCGGCCACCGCCGGGCCUCGUCGGGAGACCGGCUCAAGGACUCGGGCUCUGCCCAGAGGCUGUCCACCUGUGACAACGUGCCCCCGCCUGGCCCCCCGCCCAGCACGCCCAGCGCGGCCAGCCCAGCGUGGUCCGCGGCCUCGUCCUCCUGCGAGGCCUCUGCAGGGGGCUCGCUCAGCAGCUGCACGGCCUGCCGGGCCAGUGACUCGUCCCCCUGCAGCUCCCUGCACACCGAGUGGGCCCUCGAGCCCUCCCCACUCCCCAGCAGCAGUGAGGACCACAGGUCCCCGGACCUGGGCCACAGCCUGGAGGAGGUGGGCGCAGGUGUCAGCAGCAGCGAGCCCAGUGACCCGGGCAGCCCUGGCCAGGACCAUGCCCGCCGCGUGCAAGCCCUGCAGGGCCUGGUGGCAGAGCUCAGGGCGCAGCUGUGCCGGCAGCGGACUGAGUAUGAGGCGAGCGUGAAAAGCAUCGAGCAAGGCAGUGCUGACCUGAGAACACAAAUGGCCCGGCUGGAAGAAGAGCUGCAGCAGGAGAAGAAGAAGUACACCAUGCUGGAGAUCAGGCUGCGGAACUCGGAGCGGGCGCGGGAGGACGCUGAGAGGAGGAACCAGCUACUGCAGAAGGAGAUGGAGGAGUUCUUUGCCACCCUGGGAAGCUUGACUGUUGGGACGAAAGGUGCCACAGCGCCAGAGUAGGGCAGCAGAAGCCCCCGCUGUGCCUGGGCUGCCCCUCUCCCUUCAGCAGAGCUGGCCAUGCCAGAAGCCUGUAGCUGGGGCCAGGCCACGGGCGGGGGCUGCCACUCCGGAGCCAGCUGGAGGGGAAUGCUGACGUCCCGGAGGACUGCUGGGACCCCACACAACGCAGAAAGGAGCCAGAUGCGCCUAUGGUGUAGGGCCUGUGGGCGUCGGCGUUGAGCCCACCCCUAGGAGAGGUCCCCGCAGCUACCAAACCAGAUGGCACGAAACCCUGUGGCCAGCAGGAAGUUGCUUUGUUAUUAAACUUGCUCUGA